AUGUCAAACCCAUUUGGAAAUUUUGCAAAUCCAGCUCAAUCUUCAAAAACACCUCUAAAUUUAAGCACAACUCAAUCUAAUACUUCUCCAUUCUUUAUGAACCCUAAGACUGAGUCUACAAACAAGCCUAUCACAAAUCCCCCUCAAGAAAGCUCAUCUUCAUUCUUUUUGAAUCAAAAAUCUUCCCUCCCUGACAAUUCAAAGCCUUUAUCAGCAUUUUCAGCUCAAAUUUCAACUGAGCCUAAAAAAAUAGACUUUGGUAUCGCAACUGGGUAUAAGGCUAAAAUUAUGGAAAUGUUUACCAAUUGAAAAUCGAAAUUUGAUGCGCUUUAUGCUGCUUUUAAGAAAAAUUCAGAGAAAUUGUCUUUAUAUUAGAUUAUAAAGAGCUUUUUGUCAGGGUCAAAGACCUAUAUUUCUCUUUAAAAGUAAACUAAAAUAACAAAUCUUCUUUUAUGGUUUUAAGAUGCUAAUCAGACUUAGACUGUAUAAGGCAAUUGCCCUGGACCAUAUUUUUUCUGGUCAGUAUUCUGCUCGAGGUAUGCCAAUCUAUAUGAUGCAUAAAUUAUUAGUCUUGCAUCUGUUUACUCCAUCGGGCUGUACUUGCUCCCAGGAAGUCCUUUGUCGCCUCUGCAAUAGCAUAGUUUGCCUUCUUGAGAAAAAAGUUCAUUUUUGUGUCGCUGCCAUUUUAAAAUGAAAGCUCAUAUUCCAGGACGCAAUGUCUGGCAUCGUGCUGGGUAAGCUUUCUAAUUAGCUUAGAAGUAUAACUAGAAGGUACUGUGAGAAUUCUUCCAAUUCGAUGCCCCAAAUCCUCAUACGAAAAAAUCAUUCUUAGGACUAGCUUUGACUAAUCAGCUCAGCACUAUUAUAUCACUGCAUCAGUCAAACCAAAUUUUGGAUCAUGCAUCGACUCUUUCCUCUAAAUCAUAUACCUUAUCAGGUCACCUGCUAUAGUGGUAAGAGAUCGGGUCAAUUCACGUCACCAUUUUUAUAUAUAUUUCGAAAAAUUGUCCAAAAACGAAGUUAAUUUCUAUGAAAACCAAGAAGAAAUCAUUGCAAUGCAAGAACUUAUACAGAAAAUAGGGUCCGCAAGCCAAGGGAUUAAUGAUAAUUUAGAUAUGAUUUUGGAAGAGCAGAAAGAGAUUAAUGCUUCUCUUGAAGAAAUUGAAGAAGGAUUAGACGAAAUUUUAAGCAAGUUUGAGGUACAUUCAAGUAAAUCGGGGUCUGACGAGCGAAAGCUUAUAUAUGCUAAAGCUAAUAUAGUUAACAAAAACUUAGAAGAGAUUAAAAAGGUGCUGGAUGAAGUAGAUGGCUGCAUGCAUUAUGAAAAUGGAGAUUCUGAUGGCUUAAAUGCUAAUUUAAUUUAAGCUUUAAUGUGUUUUUUUUUCUCUUGUAGGGGCGUAAUAGCAGACUACCAUUUUAAAUCCAAACUGAUGGCGGAAAGGGUAUUCUACCCUAACCUUUUUAUUAGCUCACCAGGACAGCUCUGCUUGCUAGAAAGUUUAAGGACAUCUUGCCUCGCUUUUCAUUUGAUUCCUGUGCGUGUUCUACCUAAGGUCUCCUUCCUUGAGAGUAUCAGAAGGAAAACCCUAUGCCUCCUAAAUUUCAAAGGUCAAGCAUCAGACACUAUGCUGUGGCUUUCCUGGCAUAGCUGGUUAGAUGAUCGCUGGGAAAAACUGAAUCCCUAUAAAUUGCCUACAGAUGGAAUAUUUUUUGUAGAGAACAAAUUCCGAUGAUUCCACUUUAUUAUUAUGAUGGCUCAUUAUGCACUUUAUUAGAAAAUAUCAAUACGAUAGAAGCAAAUUCCUACUUUUUGGACUCAAACAUAAAUUCAAUUGAAAAUCAAUACAAAAUGAAAAAAAAAAGUAAAUAA